CUUUUUUUCAGAUUAAAAUGGAGCUGUGUGAAACAGAAGAUGGCAGCCUUGAACAAGAUAGAUCUAGUUUAUUCCGAGAUUUACAGAGUAUGAAGGUUUUGACGGACGACAAACGGAUAUUGAAGCAUAUUAUUAUUGAUAUUCUUAACCUAAAACAUGGAAUGGAAGAUAACCUACUCCUAAUCCAACAAAUCAACCUGAUGAUACAGAAGGAAGGAGAGGAGCAAAAGAGGUUUGAUGAUGUGAUCCAUGCUGCCCAGCAACAUAUUGAUUCCAUUAACACAGUGUAUACUCUGGGAGUAUCCUGGCUUAAAGAUGAUACUGAAUUUGCUGUUAGAUUAACUAAAGAUGUUUAUCCUGAAAAGGAAAACGAAGAAGAACCGAAACAAAGGAAGAAUCAUGAGAACCAGCAGACGCUGAAAGACCAUGAAGCGAAAGGUGUUAUAGAUUCUGAAGAUUGUGAAGAAAUAAAAAUAGAAAUGGAAGAACUAUUUGAAACAAGGAUUGAGUUUAAAGAAGAAACCCCAAAACAAGACGAUGUAAUUAAGAUUGAAGACAUUACGAGUUUACAUGAAGAGUUUCCAUGUACAGUAUGUGGUUAUGUUGUCAAUCAGAAUUUAACACAACACAUCGAACUUCCCGAGGAGUCUUCUUGUCCGCAGUGUGGAUAUUCUAAGGCUUGUCUGAAAAAUGCAAAGAAUCACAUUAAGAUUAAAUGUGAUAUGUGUGAUUAUAAAUGUUCAAAGGACCAACUGAUUCGUCACAAAAGAAGUAAACACGAAGGAGUUAGAUAUUCUUGUGAUCAGUGUGGUUACAAAGCAACUCAAUUGGCAAGUUUAAAGGUACACAAAGAAAGCAAACAUCAAGGAUUACGGUUACAAUGUGAUCAGUGUGAAAGAUCCUUCGGCGUUGCAUCGAAUUUAAGAAGACACCAAAAAACAGUGCAUGAAGGAUUGAGAUAUGCUUGUGAACUAUGUGAAUUUUCUGCCUCACAACCUGGGCAGUUAAAAGAACACAUUGACGGUUUUCAUAAAGGAUUAAAAUUUCCGUGCAAUCAGUGUGAUUAUGUAGCACAUAUAGCGAGUAAUCUAAGAGUUCAUAAAAGUAAUCAUCAUUCAGUAAAAAGCAGCCAAAAAUUUACCAGUCCAUGUGAUUUAUGUGACCAUGUUGCGUCUAAUGCAAACAAUUUGAAAACACACAAGGACAAUAUGCACAACACUUCGGUUCUUUAUUCAUGUGAUUCAUGCAGUUAUUCUACAUUUAACAAAGGGAACUAUAGACAGCAUAAAAAUACACAUGAAAACACAGAGUUUCUGUGUGAUCAAUGCCCAUAUAUCGGGAAACGCUUUUCAACUUUGAAACAACACAAAAAAGUUAAACACGAAGGAAUACGAGUUCCUUGUGACAUGUGUGAUUAUUCAUCGCAUGAUAAUGUGCAUUUGCGUCUACAUAAGGAAGCAAUGCACAUGGGUAUCAAAUAUCCCUGUGACCAGUGUGAGUUUGCAGCUACCUCAAAGGGCAACUUGAAACAACACAUAGAAAGUAGACAUGAUGAAGUAAAACAUGCUUGUAGGCAAUGCGAAUAUGUGUGUACAACUCAGUAUGGAUUGAAAAAGCACAUGAAAAGUAAACAUUGAUAUUUUUUGUUUGUUAUGAAUUAUUUUUAAAUAUUUAGUGUUGCUUUUUUGGCGUCUGAUUUGUCAGUUUCCUUUCUUGUUAAAUAUACUGUAAAAAUUUAUAGAAAA